AUGGCUUGUGUUGUAAUGGAUGACGUUGGCUUUUCCAUGUCUACUCCUCAAUCCCUGCUUCAGCCACCUUCAUGGCUAUUGAAACAAGCUCUUCCCAUCUACCCCUUCCACUGGAGGAAGUCUAAACAUGCCUGCAAUAGACACCCUGCUGACUCUCCAGUCAUUCUGUCAGAAUCAAGCACUGUGGGUGAAGUACCGUUCUUUGAGACCUGGAUGCAGACCUGUAUGCCUGAGGAGGGCAAGAUCCUGAAUCCUGACCACCCCUGCUUCCGGCCUGACUCCACCAAGGUGGAAUCCCUGGUGGCCCUGCUCAAUAACUCUUCUGAAAUGAAGCUAGUACAGAUGAAAUGGCAGGAGGCCUGUCUCAGCAUCUCAGCUGCCAUCUUGGAGAUUCUGAAUGCCUGGGAGAAUGGAGUCCUGGCUUUUGAGUCCAUCCAGAAAAUCACAGACAACAUCAAGGGCAAGGUGUGUAGCCUGGCAGUGUGUGCUGUUGCUUGGCUCGUGGCCCAUGUUCGUAUGCUAGGCCUGGAUGAACGUGAGAAAUCACUGCAGAUGAUUCGCCAGCUGGUUGGGCCUCUCUACAGUGAGAAUACCCUGCAGUUCUACAAUGAGAGGGUGGUGAUAAUGAGCUCAAUUCUGGAGCACAUGUGCGCUGAUGUUCUACAGCAAACAGCCACUCAGAUCAAAUUCCCAACUACUGGCAUGGAUACAAUGCCUUAUUGGAACCUCCUGCCCCCCAAAAGACCUAUUAAAGAGGUGCUAACUGGCAUCUUUGCAGAAGUUCUGGAGAAGGGCUGGGUUGAUAGCCGGUCCAUCCAUGUCUUUGACACCCUGCUGCAUAUGGGUGGUGUUUACUGGUUCUGCAACAACUUGGUCAAGGAGCUGCUGAAGGAGACUCGAAAGGAGUAUACCCUACGAGCUGUGGAGCUGCUCUAUUCCAUUUUCUGCCUAGACAUGCAGCAAGUCACCCUGAUCUUGCUGGGCCACAUCCUUCCUAAGCUUCUUACAGACUCUGCCAAAUGGCAUAGCCUCAUGGAUCCUCCGGGCACAGCCCUGGCCAAGCUGGCAGUAUGGUGUGCCCUAAGCUCAUACUCUUCUCACAAGGGGCAGGCAUCUUCCCGACAGAAGAAGAGACACCGUGAGGACAUUGAGGACUACAUCAGCCUAUUCCCCCUGGAUGAUACACAGCCUUCAAAGUUGAUGCGACUUCUGAGUUCCAAUGAGGAUGAUGCCAAUGUUCUCUCUAGUCCCACUGACCGGUCCAUGAGCAGUUCUCUGUCAGCCUCUCAGCUACACACAGUCAAUAUGAGGGACCCUCUGAACCGAGUCCUUGCAAACCUGUUCCUGCUCAUCUCCUCCAUCUUGGGGGCCAGGACAGCAGGUCCUCACACCCAGUUUGUGCAGUGGUUCAUGGAGGAGUGUGUGGAUUGCCUGGAGCAGGGCAGCAGAGGCAGCAUCCUGCAGUUCAUGCCUUUCACAACGGUGUCAGAAUUGGUCAAGGUGUCAGCUAUGUCUAGCCCCAAGGUUGUUCUGGCCAUCACAGACCUCAGCCUCCCUCUGGGCCGACGAGUGGCUGCCAAAGCCAUUGCUGCACUCUGAAAAAGUCUAGGAGAAGUUCUUUUGUUUGGAUUAAAUUUGAGGGAUGGAGGAAACUGAAGAACAAGGAGAGCUGCAAAGACACUGAUUGAAAUGUAGGGUAGAGACUAGGAACUCUCCUAGUGUGAUGGCAAAGUAUUAAUUAGGAAAGACUUUUGGGAAAACUCCAGUGUCUCCUCUUAUCAGCCCCUUAGCAACUAUCUAUCCUCUGUCCAUCCUUUUCUCUCCCUGGUUUGCUUCCCCCUCCCCUCUCACCAAGAAUUUCCAUUUCUGCUUCCAGUGGCUGCCUUGGGCAUUGGUGCUUCCAUGGGCUCAGAUGAAUAAAGGCCCAUUCCUCAGGGCUGGACUUUGGCUCCUUUUCCCAUGAAUGCCUUGUUACCUCCCCCACCCCAGUUCCCCUCAGUCAACUUUUGCUUUGCCACUUGCUUUGAGUCAUCUAGGACCACUGUAGAAAGAUAACAAUUCUUUCCACCUCUCCUGUAUUCUCACCUCCAGAGAAGAACUUAAGAAUCAGGAGAUCUGAGUUUGGAUCUUGGAGCAAAUUCUUGCUAACCCGGGGACAGAUGCCCUGAAUGCCUUCCCUCCUUGCCUCUGCCUCUUGCAAUGCCUGGCUUCUUUCAAAACCUAGCAACUUCUCCCUAAGACCUUUCCUGAUCUGAUCAGUCCUCAUCUCCACCCCAUCUCAAGCCUUUACUUCUCAUUCCCUUUAAAAAUUACUUUGUAUUUAUUUAUGUAUAUACUAUAUCUUUGCCCCUCUCCAUAACCAGUAGAAUGUAAGUCCUUUGAGAGGUGUGGUUGUUUUACCCAGUUUUUCAGACCAGAUCAGUGAUUGGCCUAGAGAUCUGCUGGUGAAGAAAUUCAAAGUGGGGUGGCACACUGGCUGAUGGAGUAUUGGACUUGGAUUCAAGAAGACCUGAUUUCAGAUCCUACCUCAGACAAAUCCUGGGCAAGUCACUUAUCCCCUUUCAGCCUCAGUUUCCUCAUCUGCAAAUGGGGUAAUAAUAGCACUCAUCUCAUAAGGUAGUUGUGGAGAUCAGUUGGGAUAACAUAUGUCAAGAGCUCUGUAAAUCUUAAAAGAACUAAUUUACUAUUUGUGUCACCCUGGGCAAGUCAUUUAACUCAGUUUGCCUCCCAAAAAACUUAGAGUACCAGAUAAAUGGCAGUCAGCUCUCCUUAUAAAGACUGCUCCCUGUUCUGCUGACUUAUAAUCUGAGAGAGUCUUUAUAAAGAGAGUUGCUUGGGGUAUUGAGUAGUUAAAUGACUAACCCAGGGCCACAGAACCAGCCAGUGUGUCAGAGACAGAAGUUGAACCCAGGACUUCCUGACCAAGACUGGCCUUUUAUCAGCUACACCAGGCUGCCUCUUUAUCUUAGUAGGCUCUUAAUCAUUGUUGAAUCAUGUUGUAUGACCAUGGGGCAGAGUCAUGUAACUUCUCUGAGUCUCAGUUUCUUCAUCUGUAAAAUGGGGAUAAUUAAUACACGUGAAUCUACCUCAUAGGGUUACUGGUAUGGUGCUUUAUAAACCACACAAUGCUACGGACAUAUAAAUUUUAAUUCUGUUCCCUGACUAGUCUCUCAUGUUAUCCUCCCAGCAUACUACAUUGUACUAUGGUGUGGGUUUCUUCCCAGAAUGGGUUGGAAUAGUUGGCUAUUGGGGUACUUUUUAUUUCUAGAUUUCUAUAAUAACAUUCCCCAUAUUACAGAAUAGAAAAUUGAGAUCUAGAAAGAUGUGCUUAAUUUUUUUAAUGAUUUCUGUUAUUGUUUUAUCGAGUUCUGUAAAGUAUUGCUUUGACCAUUUGAUUUGUAUUGCUUUCCAACUGUAAAUUAACUUUAGGGGAAUUAUCAUUUCUAUUAUAGUGACACAGCCUAACCUUGAGUAUUGAAUAUUUUUCCACCUAUUUAUUUAGAGAAACAAAAGAGCCAGAAGCUAAGUUAAAUAGCAUUUCAAGCCUCAAACUAAAGCCAGUGUCUUUAAGAUUAUUUGCUGUUGGCUAAAAGAAUAAAUAGAUCAAUGUGAUCCAGGGAGAAUCAGAAACAAUGGAACUCAACUUAGUGUUUGAUAAAUAGGGAAAAAACCCUAAACAUUUAGGAAAGAACUCUCUAUUUUAUUAAAGGCUGCUGGGAAAAUUUGGAAGCCAUCUGGAAAAAAUCAGACCAACAUCUUUUACUAUAACCCACACUAAAUUCAAAGCAGAUACAUGGUGUUUCUCAUAGGAUAGAUCCUGUCAUUAAAAAAAAAGAGAGAAGUAGGUGAUAUAUUUUUUAAGAACCUUACCUUCUAUCUUAGUGUCAGUUUUAAGUCAGCAAAAUAGAAAGGGCUACUAGAUAUUUGGAGUUAGGUGACUUGCUCAAGGUCACACAGCUAGGAAGUAUCUGAGGCCAGAUUUGCCGGGCCUAGUUCCCUAUUCACUAUGCCACCUAGCUGCCCUUUAUACCUUUCACAAGUAUAGAUAGAUGCACAUUCGUAAUCAAACACAGAAUAGAGACAAUUGCAAAAGACAAAAUAGAUAACUGAUUAUAUAAGACUGUAGGGUUUCUGCACAAUUAUUGCAUCUAAAAUAAGAAUGAAAGCAGUAGAACAGGAAAAAAUCUUUGUACUGAUUUCGUCACUUAAGACUUGCUUUCGAAGAUAUAUAACUAUUUGUGUGUCUAUGGUUUAAUUAUAUACCAAAUGCCAUUCUCCAAUAAAUAAGUGAUAAAAGGAUAUGUGCAAACAGUCCUCAGAAGAACUGCAAACUAUUAUCCUUAUGAAAGGAUGCUUCAAGUCACUGUUAAUAAGAUAAAUACAAAUGAAAAUUAUCCUGAGGUUUCACCACAUUCUUCAGUUGGACAGAGAUGAUGAAAAAUGAGAAUAGUGCAGAAAGGGCUUAUGAUAAGUUGGGCACACUAGAUCAUUUUUGGUGGAGUUGUCAAUCAGAACCACCAUUUUGGAAAGCAUUUAGAAUUAUGCAAAUAAAGAGACUAAAGUGUCCAUGACCAUUUCUCCCAGAGUUUCUAGUACUAGGCUUGUACCUUACUCCAGGAGUUCAUCAAUAAGACAAACCCCCAUAUACACCAAUAUAUUUAUAGCAGCACAUUUUUAUUUAAAACUCUUGCCUUCCAUUUUGGAAUCAAAUACUAAAUAUUUGUU